AUGACACUCAUGUACUUCAUCAUAGGUGCGACUAGAGACCUUGGUGCAGGGGUUCUAUCCUACCUUUCUGCGUAUAUAUCGGCAUCAGAGUACGCUGCCGCAUCCUCAAGAGAGGGAACUCGCAAGCAGUUCGAAGAUCGAGGGAUCGCAUUCCGAGUAGCAAGCUCAGACGACCCCGAGACACUAAAAACCGCAUUAGAAGGCGUGGAGAACCUCUUCUUUGUUAGCAUUAACACCUACAACAUCGUGAAGAGGCGCAAGCAACACAAAAACUUCGUAAUUGCAGCGAAGAAGAUGAACAUGAAAUAUGCAAGUCACCAAACUCCCCAUGCAGCCAUCCCAGCUAAAAGGCAUGCUUUCCCGCUAUUCAUGGGCUGGUAUCCAAGCAUCUCGACUGUCCACCUCCCUUCCAACGGACCGGUUGCCUUUACAUUGAGGUCGGAGUUAGCGGAGGCGAGUGCGCGACUGAUGAUUCAAGGUGAACACGAUCGAGAGAUUGUGCUGCUCACCGUACAGCAGACUAUCACGUUUUCAGAGGUCGUGGAUCUGAUCAACGAGACGACCGGCAAACAUGUCGAGUUGGAGCUUGUCUUGCCGGAGGAGUUUGUGCGAUUGAAUUUGACCAAUGACGAGGGGGGAAACCUGGAAGGAUUCUCCCAGCCGCUCUAA